AUGGCCAUUUCCAGCACUUCCCCAGCACCUGAUACUGGCUCGGACGCGUUUUUGGCCGCGUCACGUGACACGGAGCUCCCUGUCACACCGGGUCACAUCACCAUUGCUUCCUCAGCACCUGAUGCUGGCUUGGGCGCAUUAUCACGUGACACUCCGGUCAUGCUGGGUCAUGUCACAAGGCAGGAGCCCAGACCUACUGUCGACUGGAAUGCCAGGCUUCUGCAGGGCUUUGAUGCAAGUUUUGCUGCCUGUCUGCAGCAACGUCAUCGCCAGCCUGUCAACAUGCUGGCCCCACCUCCAACCUCCACAACUCCUUCAGUACCCCCUCCUUCAGUACCCCCUCCUUCUGAGUUGUCAGUGCCUGCUGUGACUGACUGGUCUGCUGAACUCCGUUGCCGCUGGUCCGAGAGUCACAUCACGCAUCUUGAACGGAGACGACUCAACAACCCGUAUGCUAAGUUGGCAAAGGACAUCAUGUGGUGGGAAGAGCAACAUGAGCAAGACCUCAAGAAUGAUGAUAGGGAUGUGGAUACCUUCUGCUCUCAGUUGGAAGAGGCACGUAAGCAUCAAAAGCAUCGCAGGGUGGUGGAUGCUUGGCGAAAGCACCUCUUUGAGCAGAAGAAGGGAAAAAGUCGGGAGGAGCAUCGGCAUUUGGAUGAGCUACACAGGGAGGGCCCUCCACCUGGCUGGGAGCCUUCUGAAUAG